CUUCUGCGUGAACAGGUUCGUCUGUCGAGCUUGUAGACCUCAGAUCUGUGCCGUUUUUCUGACCGAGUUGUUGCUGCGUGUGGGUGUCUGGGUUCGGCGGCAGUGAUCACCCUUGUACUUCACAGCACUCGGUGGGAAUGCAGUUUGGUUUGGAAAUCCUGAGCCUUCAUAAUGAGGCUGUAGAGGACUUGACAAAAUGGCUACAGACAUUCAUUCGAGGGGCUACAACCUGCAUUGCUACCUCCUGUUGCUGCCUCUUCGUCUUGGGAGUGUCUGGCUGGUACUGGUACUAAGUAAGACAACCCGUGAUUGGCUCGUCGUGUGCAUUAUAGGAGGGACAUGGAAAUGUGCAACAAGACGGCACUGAGGGUCUUCACUCAGAUGAACUCUCACCUCUUCUACGAAAUCCAACUGAGCACACUGUGUCUGAGCUACGCCGUCAACAUGCUCCUGAGCGCCCCCUUGCUGCUGGCCAUGACCAGGUCGCCCUCCAUGCUGGGCAAGCUGCGCUUCUUGCUUCUCACGCACCUGCUCUGCUGCGACAACCUGCAGCUGCUCGUCCUGAGCACUGGAGCGGUCCUGUUCACCCACUGGCACGGCAUGCGAGUGUCGCAGUGCGUGAUCCUCGCCGCUGCCUCCCAGGGCUGUUCCAUAGUUCAGAUACUCCUGAGUGCCGCGCUGGCGGUGGAUCGCUGCGUGGCCAUCAAGUGGCCCCUGCGGUAUGAGCUGCUGAUGCCCCCCUCCCGCAGGCGGGCGGUGGUGGCGUGCAGCUGGGCCGCGUCCCUGCUGACCGUCUCGGUGGGUCUGUAUCUGGCACUGAGCUCCGUGCAGAUAAACAGCACCUUGCCCCGCUGCCGCACCUUGGUGAUUGCCCACUGCCUGACAGGAGCCUUGGGACUGUGGAUCUUCUGCACGGUGGUCAGCGCCCUGCUGCUACCGGGCUGCUACCUCACCACGCUGGGCUGCUUCCUGCUGCUGGCCUGGGACGUGCGGGGGCUGCUGCGAUCCCGCCGCGCCGCGCUCACCCUCGCCCUGCAGGCCGUUCAGAUGCUCUUCUACUCCGUGCCCCUCUUGCUGAACAGCCACCUGCUCCCCAGCCGCCUGCAGUGCGACGCCUUGGACAUCGCCGCCGGCAACUUCUACAGCCUGGGCGUCUCGCUGAUCCCGCUCGUGUACGGGUACCACUCCCGCGAGCUGCAGAGGAGGCUCGUGCAGGCCCCGCUGCGGAAUAACAUCAUCCCUGAGUGAUGACAAACACGCCAUCUUCAACAAACAACAGACUGCACGCAACAAGCUGCCGUCCUCAAGGCCCUCGAAGCAGCGCUCUCGAUAAACCUUGAGCAAUAACGGCCUGAUCCAGCAGGGAGCGGGCGUUAAGGACAACAGAGCAGUCACAAUCGGAGA